GAAUGUGAGGCAUAGAGGUGGCAGGAAUGUGAGAGUGCAGAGAGACAGAGAGGGUAUAACAGAAGGAACACAAGACUUGAGGGUAGAAAAGAAGUGGAAGCUGAAGAGAGACAGUGCCAACCAGCAGACAAAUUAGAGAGCCAUGGAGAGCACCAUUAUACCAGAGACAACUUCGCAUAUCUCCCCGAAGGGCAACGUGGCCAUCAGCAACCCAGCAGAUAUCUCCGUCAUUGUGGGAUACUUUAUCAUUAUCAUCGGAGUGGGCCUGUGGUCUAUGCGCCGAGCCAACAGGGGGACGGUUGGUGGGUAUUUUCUGGCUGGAAGAAGCAUGUCUUGGGGUCCGGUCGGCGCCUCACUAUUUGCCAGUAACAUUGGGAGUGGGCAUUUUGUAGGACUGGCGGGUACUGGGGCAGCAAGUGGCAUUGCGGUGGCUGGAUUUGAGUGGAAUGCUCUGUUCGUGGUUCUGUUUCUGGGUUGGAUAUUUGUCCCAGUCUACCUGACAGCAGAGGUGGUUACCAUGCCCGAGUACUUGAAGAAGCGCUUUGGGGGGCAGAGGAUCCAGAUGUACCUGUCGGCGCUCUCCCUGGUUAUGUACAUAUUCACCAAGAUCUCUGUUGAUAUGUUCUCUGGAGCAGUUUUCAUCCAAGUUGCCCUGGGCUGGAAUAUUUAUUUGUCUGUGAUUGCCUUGUUGGUUAUAACUACGAUAUAUACAGUGACGGGGGGCCUGGCUGCGCUCAUGUACACAGAUACAGUACAGACAUUUGUGAUCAUUGGCGGGGCCUGUGUGCUGAGUGUAUAUGCAUUCAAUGAAGUUGGGGGUUAUGAUGCCCUCAUGGAGAAGUAUAUGACGGCUGUGCCAACCGUGCUGGGCAAUGUGUCCGAAUCAUGUGCAGUGCCUCGUGCUGAUUCGCUGCAUCUGUUACGGGAUCCCAUAUCUGGGGACCUCCCUUGGCCGGCCCUGAUCCUAGGACUGACCAUCGUCUCCACUUGGUACUGGUGCAGCGACCAGGUCAUUGUGCAACGGUGCCUUGCUGCCCGCUCCAUCACCCACGUUAAGCUGGGCUGUGUGCUGUGCGGCUACAUGAAGAUCCUGCCCAUGUUCCUCAUGGUUAUGCCCGGGAUGAUUAGCAGGGUCCUCUUCACAGAGGACGUGGCCUGUGUGGAGCCGUCACGUUGUCUCGCCGCUUGUGGCACAAAGAUCGGAUGUUCCAACAUCGCCUACCCAAAGCUGGUCAUAGAACUCAUGCCAAAUGGUCUCCGUGGACUCAUGCUGGCCGUGAUGUUGGCCGCUCUCAUGAGCAGCCUGGCAUCCAUAUUUAAUAGCAGUGGGACUCUCUUCACUAUGGACGUCUGGAGGAGGAUGAGGCCCCGGGCUGAGGAGAAGGAGCUGCUGUUGGUGGGAAGGGUGUGGACAGUCUGCCUCGUGGCACUGAGUAUAGCGUGGAUCCCUGUGGUUCAGGCUGCACAAGGGGGGCAGCUCUUUGAUUAUAUUCAGUCGGUGGCAAGUUUCCUGGCUCCGCCCAUUGCGGCUGUCUAUUUCCUUGCGCUGUUUGUGAAGAGAGUCAAUGAGCCGGGUGCAUUCUGGGGACUGGUCGGCGGCCUGUUCCUGGGCUUGUGCCGUAUGGUGCCCGAGUUUAUAUUCGGAUCUGGAAGCUGCUCGGCCCCAAGCUCCUGCCCAACCAUAAUCUGUGGGGUUCACUAUCUGUACUUUGCCAUCAUUCUCUUCCUGUGUUCUGGAGCCAUCGUCCUGAUCGUAUCCCUGUGCACCCCUCCAAUCCCAGAGAAGAAGCUCCAUCGCUUGGUCUAUAGUCUCCGGCACAGCCAGGAGCCGCGGGAAGAAAUGGAGGAGACAGGGGUCAGCGAUCCUCAGACCCAGGAGAAGCAGUUGUCCGACCUUCCAGAUAUCCGAGAGGACCCCAAGUAUGCCCGCCUGGUGAAUAUCAACGCCUUGAUUAUGAUGUCCUGCGCCAUCUUCUUGUGGGCAUAUUUUGCAUGACACAGUGCAGGGGAGGGUUUGUAAUAUAUUAAUUGCAUUUAAUAAAUUGCGUGUUAUUUAAGGAA